UGUUUUCUUAUCAGGACACUGGUCAUGUCUGAAAGCAUUGUGAGGAAGGUGCAGCCCUUCACCAUCGGGACAAGACUGUCAGUCCCCGCUGUGCCAAAAUGCCAGGAUUUUACACAGAGUUAUCUGCAGAGCCCGAGUCUGGAUAACUGCACGUUACAGCACAACCUGAACUCGCUCUACCUCAGUCGAUCCCAGGUCUGUGGCCCACAUGGCCCCUGUCUCGUCUCACCUAUCGUCCAGCAGGUAGACUCCGUGAAGCGCAACCAAGAGCACAUGGCAGCAGAGGACCACCUGAACCAGAACACUGCCUCCCCCUCUGCUGUCUCCAGAUCCAUCAAGAAGAUCACAAUCUCUGGGAAAAAAAGAUCAGAGGACAAGUUGGCAGUGGGACCGACACAGCUUUCCAUCACAGGGUCCACAUCUGAAAACAACAAUAACAACAACAACGUCAGAAGCACAUCAGAUCCACAUCUCCCCAGGAUUGUGGGAGUAAGCUGUGAGAAUAAGCCCAAUUCUCAAUUUAAGGUUUUACUCAGAAAAGACAGCAGUGAUGAAUUUCAGCCCACACACGGACAAGCCAGGGUGCAACUGAGCGGAGAGAGAAAUGCCCAACAGAUUUCAGUGCCUGAAGCGCAGAAGAAAGACCCUCCGAGGAAAGAAAGUCAUCUACACACACAGAGUGAAGCGUCGGCAGCUGUUACAUCGCAGAGUGACUGCUUCACACAGCGCAACUCGCUCUUCAACAAGGAAGUACUGCGGGCGGAGGCGUGGAUCAAAGGCAAACUGCAGGAUCUGAAGGAUGGCUGUAAUAUUCAGCGCUGCCCCCUGCAGGACUGGGAGGAAGCCUCGCAGACGCUCCAGAGGGACCUCAAAGACUUUGAGAACACACUAAUCCAACUCAACCAGAUGGGGGAGCAGUUGAUCAGCAGGCUGAACCCUACGUCUGAUCUGGUGAAGAAGCAGCUCAGCCAGCUCAGGGACCAGUGGCAGACCCUUAAACAGACGGCUGCAAAUCAGACGAGGGCCCUUGGUGGAGCCAAGAACCUGCAGGAGUUCAACAAAAAAGUGGAUAAACUGGAGGCAUGGAUUAAAGAGAAGCAGGAAGAGGAGCAGUCUCUGGUAAAUGUCCUGGGGGAAAAUGUUGACAAAAUGCAGCUGACCAGGAGAAUUUUAGAUCUGAAACAGGAUGAGCAGCUGUACAGAAACCUCCACGAGGAGAUCAACCACUUGGCCCUAAAACUGGAGAAACAAGGGAAGACAGAUGGCAAAAACAUCUCCAGCAGGAGGAAACACAUCAAUAAAAUGUGGCUGAAGGUCCAGUCUCAUCUAAAAAACUACCAUGAAAAUCUUCAGCUGGCACUGGAGGUGUCCUCGUUCUACCAGCAGGCCGAUAAUACAUUGUUUGCUAUUAACAACAUGAGGAAAAGCAUAUCUGCAUCCAAAGAGCUGGACAGCCUUGGAGAUAGAGAAAUCCGGGACAUUGCCAGUCAAAUCAUGAUGCUAGAUGUGAACAUGUCCCAGCUGUCUAAUCUCCAUCCUGCCCUGGCUGCUGGUGUCACACAGAAGCAGAGGGAGGUGAAGGACUGCUGGGCACUUCUUACGAAGGUUUUCAGGAGUGACAGGACCACACUCCCUCCCACUGGCUCCACUUUCACCAGGGAAGAUGCUGACCCCCUGACACUGGCCAGAGAACCCCAGUGCAACGUGGGAACUGAGACACAAAGGAUCAUGGGAAAGGAGGUGAAGGAGGAGCAGAAUCGUCUGAAAGGCUGUGUGAGUACGGUUGAAUGUGGGAGUGGUGGGAGAACACCGAGUAGCCUAAGCCAGGAACAGCAAUCAGUGAACCACACCUCGUCGCCUGUGGGAGACGGCCCUGCCUGUGCAAAUGAUGUCAUCGUCAGGCAUCAAUUGAAGGGGGAAAGCAGGAAGCCCAGAGCAGAGCCCAAACUUGCCACUACUCCUCAAGGCCACCCACAGCUUCCCAUACAGCUUCAGAAGUUCACCGUGUCUGCUGACAAGACUCUGUCCUGGCUGAAAGACAACGUGUCCAUGGCAACACAGGUGUGUUCAAUAGCCAGCUUCGAGGGGCUGGAGGCAGCCAGGAGGUGUCAACACACUCUGGAACAAGAAAUCCUCACUAACAGAGCCAGGAUAGAGGUGGUCAAAAGGGAGGGCCACGGGCUGGUCCGUGCACAGCACCCAGGAAGCACGAAGAUUGAAGAGUUCCUCGGCCAGCUGGAAGUCCUGUGGGAAGAACUGCGGAGGAGGCACCAGAGGAACGCCGUGUUUCUGCAGGCCUCAGAGGAGCUUGGUUUUAGGGUAGUAAAAGUGCUCCAGGCCCUGGGCAGCCUGGAGGCCUGGCUGGAGUCCGUGGAGCUUUCCAUGAAGGAAUCUGCGCUAGCCGGUGAUCCUGAAACAAUGAGCAUGGCUGAGAGGGAGAGCUGUCUGCUGGAGAAAGAGGUGGCUGCACGCAGCCUGGAGCUCAGUACUCUGAGGAAAGAGGUGGACCACCUCCACGGCCACAGUCACCCACACACACAGUGCCUGCCAGCACGCAUGGAGGAGGUGGAAAGAAAGUACCAUCGUGUCCAGAGUGCCCUGACCCAGCAGAGCUCCGAGCUGCAGGACACACGAAUGCUGACUGAGUUCCUGGAGCGCGUGGAGCUGGAGGAGAGCCAGGACGGUUGCCAGUAUAGCCUGGGCCAGCCUCUCCACAGUGAGAUUUCCUCAGCUCCGACAUUGCUGGGGCUCCCAAGCAGUGGCAGUGGUGAGCCCCUGAUAGAAACCAUGGGGGACCCUGUGGAGGAACUACGAGAGGCUGUAGAGAUGCUGAAUGACACCGUUAGGGAAAGAGGCCGAUCACAGAGCCACGACCAGGCCAUCCAGGAGCUGCUGAGCAAGCAUGCCAGCCUGGCAGUACGUGUAGAGGAGUGCUUAUGCUGCAGCAAGGAGCUCAGCCUGGAUGUCCUAGAAAGGGAGACAGACAUGGCCGUACAGUGUGAGCCAGACCGCUGCGGCCUAGAGGCUCUGCAGGAGAAGCAGGACCACCUGGAGACUGACUAUGAAGUCAUCAGGGAAGAGGUAAAGGAAAUGAAGAAUCUGGCUUCUCGGUUGGAGGAGCUGUGCCCAGAGAGAGUGCAGGUACUCGGCGCAAAGAUCCAGGCUACACUGCAGGCCUGGACCGAGCUGGGAAAGAGUAUGACAGAGAACAAAUCACAUUUGCGAGAGUUCGUGCAGCUCCAGGACUUCUUCAGGAGCUACCUUGGAAUGAUCUCAUGGACAGAAGACACCAGGUCAUGCAUUUUCUCAGAUACCGCCUUGCGUCUUGGGAAAGAUGGGCAGAAGCCACUGGCUGCAGAGCUAGACAUGCAGAUUGAGCAAAAGUUUGAGGAGUUCGAUGAGCUGGCAGCCACAGGGAGGAACCUUUUAGACAAAGAACACCACCUCACACAAAUGGUAAGAGAGCGCAUGGAGGAACUGAGGAGUAUGCUUGGAUGGAUCUUGGUGCACUGGAGGGCUCAGAAACAACAGUGGCUUCACAAGAAGAGAAGACAGGAGCCUUCACAAAACAACAUUUAUUCUGAGGCCAUUAUGUGCUCCCCAUUAACAGAGAGUUCAAGUCCUGAGCUAGAGGCCUACCAGUCCCAUCAGUCCCCAGUUGUCACCACCGAUGAAGACAAAUUAAAGGCAGCAGGAGACAGCCAAACCUCCUCACCCCUGGCCAGACAAGCUGAGCAACAGGAGGAGAGGCAAAUAGAGGAUGGGUACGAGGUCAUGAACAGUAUAGGACCACGUGGCGGAGAGGCCUCCUCCUCAGAGUCUCCCAAACCCUCUAUUGUGGUCCUCAAAGAACCCAGCAGCCCUGCUCUAGGGGGCACGGUCAACCUCAUCCUUAGCUUUGGUAACGCAGGGGACAGCCAGGUUCAGGUGCUUGACUCACCUGCUAGGACGGAUGAGGUAUCGGAGGACACCUCUGAGCCUGUCCACAGGCCUACUGUGCCUCAAUCUUCUUCCUGUAAAAACUUUUGGAGGCGCUGCCAGGGGCUUUUGGAAAAUACUUUGGGUAGUUUAAAGCGAAAGAGAAAGAUUUAUCGCCAGAGUGCAAAUGAGGUAAGUACGUACUUGCAUGUCAAGGAUAACAACUUGGCUGCAGCCCCUGUGUAUGAGAGUAUCACCCUGCCCCGGCAAAAGAGCCGCUCUGCAGCCUCAGCCUCCCCUACUUUCUUGCCAUCCUUAUCCUCCUCGCCAUCUGCCUCUGCCCCUGCACCUCAGACGACCAAUGUAACCUUCCACCCUGUGACGGGGAGCGGCGGCAGCUCCAUCUUCAGCAGCCUCAAGAGAAUAGGCAAGAAGAGAAAAAGAAAGAGAGAUGCUCGCAGACACACUAUCCAGAAAAUCAUGGGAGUAGAGGAGCAGACAGAAGGGAUACCUCAUUACGCCUGCGAGGCAAUCACAUAUGACACACAUACAUGGCCGCUGAAGGAAGACAGGAGGAAGAAGAGUUCACCAAAGAUUGCAGCAAGUGGGGAUAGAGUAGAAGCUAUAGCCUAUAUGAAGAAUCCCUUGUUGAAGGACAUUGACACUGAGUGUUUGGGAGAAUACAGCAUUACUCCAUAUGCUGUAUCAGAAGAGCCAACACCUUCACCUUCCACAAGUCAGGUGAGGAGCCACUGCAGAUUCCUCUCCUUGGGCUCUGUGUUGAGCUUCGACCUACCUAAAGACAUGACCCUCAUCCCCAGCAUACAGGACAUCAUUACUAUCGCCCCCCCCGAGUCCAAAAAAGGAGCAGGGACUGAUCCGGACCCCCACUCCCAGAGAUACUCAGCCCUGAGCUCUUUCAAACAGACUCGACCCAUUCCUGCCGUCACACACAGUUCUUCAGAUAUCAGCUUUUCUGAAACACAGACAGUUGUAGUGAAAAAAGCUCUGCCUGAUGUGGACAAGAGUUCCCAACCAACACUUCCUCUCUCCCUGGGAGGAGAUGAUGAUCAGACUGUACCAUGCAAUGGCCUGUCUAAAACCCAGUUCUGUCCACACAAUGAUGCAGAGCAGGAAUGGGACAAAAUGCCAUCAGAGGUGAAAACCAGUACAGCUGACAGGGAUGGGACCAUCCAGCCUUCUCAGCUCCCUAUUUAUGUGAACCAAACCCAAAGUACAGCUGCACAUAAACACCAGUGCCCUAGUGUCCACACGCUCAUACGAGACCUAAAUGGACACCAGUACCACAAAGGUGCGAGACCCCAGAGUGUGCGUGCAGACAGCCCUGGACUUCAGUGCCUGAGCCAAGCUUCUCACAUGGUAGUGAAUCUAAAGUCAACAGUCAGUGUGAGUGUUCGUCAGGACUCAGUAGACUCUGGGAUCUCCACUUCCAGCAGCAUCAAACUUUGCACCGAUGCACUGUGUCCAGAUAUCCCACAGCCCAAGGGAGUAGUGGGGAGGCUCAUGUCUCUUGAGGUGGGAGGUAUAGACUGUACUAAAACAAGAGCGGACAGUGUAACAUUCUCAGGUUCAUCUCCAGAAACUGCAGAGCUAGAAACAGAGCCUGUCCACCUCGACCACCAGCAGUUUGAGGAGGAAGAAGAAGAACUGGAGGACAUCUGGAAUCGGACUACUAACUACAGACAGAGCAUCUGCUCAGACAUCAUGUACCAGCCCAACCAGGAAGACUCUGUACCCUCAGACCAAUCCAGGGAGCCUCAUUCUCGGUCACCUUCACCUAAGAUCCCAGCUGUGCUCUACAGGAACCUGGUCACGGCCUCUGCGCCCAACCUGCUCGUGGCCGAGUUCAGACUGCCAUCCUACAUUCAGAGCUUGCUGGGUUACGACAAGGAGCAGAGUCCCAAGGUUCACCUCCCUCCCCUGGCUAUAGGAGACAGGAGGUCCUGGGCAGCCUUUCCUAACAAGGAACCAGCCAGCAAGACUGCCGUGACAGUGAACGAGACAGCGUCUGAUCCAGUGAAGCUGCCGGAUGUAGGUGACAAUCAGAAAUACAUUUAUCAGUACAGAGAGGAUGAAGAGGAGGAAGAGGAGGUGGAUGAGGCAAAGGUGGGGGAGGAGGUGGAUGGGCACACAGGUUGUUUGAAGGACCAGUCAAUGAGUCUACUGUCGGUUCAUAUGGAUUUGGAUGGGACCUGUCAGCAAAGAAAAGCCUUGCAAAGCCUGGAGGACAUGGAGAAGCAAGAGGACUUGAUGGCCACAGGAGGGCGCUGUUUCACUCUGAGUGGGAAGCCUGAGCUGCAGUCAAUGGAGGGAACGCUUGAGAGGAAGCACAAGCUGCAGCUGGGAGGAAAGAAAGCGGCCUCAAGAGGCUGGAACUCCUAUCAUGCCGUCCUAUGUAGACACACCUUGUGCUUCUACCAGGAUAGAAAGGAUACACUGAGGAGUUCUGCAUGUGGCCUGCCACUGAACCUCAUGGGAGCUGAGUGUUCACAGGCACCAGAGUACAGCAAAAAACCCAACUGCUUUCGACUACGGCUCCGUGAUGGGUCUGAAUAUCUGCUCAAUGCCCCCUCACGUUUUAUGAUGAAGAAAUGGAUGAUGAAAAUACAAGCAAACACAGGUCAGAGUGAGUCUGUGUCUUCAAUAUCAAGUGUCCCUGUCGAUCAAGGCCUCCCUAUUAACUUAAAUCCCUCCCUCUGCUCCGGGUGUCACAGUUUGGCCAAAUGCCACUGCUCCUCCGGACAUGAUGUCACAUUCACGUUCCCCAGGCGCAAACCAUCGGGCGCCGCCCAAACCAAAGAGAUUGUUGUCCUCACCAGAGAGUUCAGUCAAAUGCCACAGAGUAACUUAAGGAGUUUGGAUGAACGGACGACCAUCUCAUCCUCGCUGGGAGGCUGCUGUGAUGACGAUGAAGGCAGUGUAAAGCAGACAAUGACUCACAGACUGUCAGGAGCAUCCAGCAACAACACCCCUUCUUCCCCUCACUCCCCUAUAUUCAGUGGCCAGGAGUGGCUCAGCAACAAGCGUCGCUCCCACUCCUUCACAUCAGCAACCUACCAGGAGAUCAAGCCCAUGUUGCAUACCCCUGGAGGCCUGGAAAGAGGCUCCAACUACUGUGUGACUCUGGUGGUUGGAGACAAGUCGUCAGACAGCACGUCCUAUCAGGACUCCGCGCUGAGGAGCUACGCCAGCCUGCCGCGGCCACGCAACAAAUCCGUCUUCAAGAAGUUCUUUGGGAAAAGGGACCUCUGAGUUUUUGAAAUGAUGAUUUUACUAAUAAAGGGUUUUACAAAGAGUGUCUAAUGUGCAGUGCACAUAUUAUGCAAAGAAAACGCUACUACUGACUAUAUUUAUGAUUGGAAGAGCUACCACGGUUUUAUUUUUGAUGUGUUUUAUAUAAAUCAUUUAUGGGCUGAAAAGUCCUUUUCAUAGGUCCUUUUUACGAGUAUUUAUAUCGCUCUUCUUUACUUUUCUUGUUCAGUCAAAAGGAACAAUACUGUGUGAGUGUGCACUGCGUAGUUGUAGAUUAGUUCAUUGAAAAACGCUUCUUCCCACCAGUCUUAUUUUGUAUUUCUUUUGUAUUUUUGUGGAUUUGGGUGUUAUUGGGUUACCGGUCUGUGUAUACAGCUCAGCGGAGAAUCAGUUUAGAAAGCAGAUUUAGAGAAUAAUCCCAGUGAUAUCACCAUGACUGAGUUAUGACCAAGUAUUAACACUAUACUGAAGUCACAACACUUACUGUACCGAUUCAUGACAGCUCCCCUCCUUCACAUGUACGUGUGGUGCAAAAUAUUUUCUUCCUACUUAUACAAAAAGCAGCAGUUUGAUACUGCUUUAGCUUGUUUGAUAUUAACACUUUUUAAAUACUAAUUCUAGCAAAGACUAUUCAUAAUAAAACAUUCAAACCAA